UGAAAAAAAAAAUUGUUUUUUUAUUAUUAAUUUUUUUUAUAAAAUAAAAGUGCAAAUAUGUUGUUUAAAAAUAUUUUGCUAUUGUUAAUGCUAUCAAUAUUGUGGGUCCCCAAGGAUGCCUUGGAAAUACCAGAUGAUGGAAAAUUGCGCGUUUGCAUUGUGGAAUCCCGUGGUGUUUAUCGCAAAACUCCCAAAUUUUGUCCCAUUCUAGAGGCCACAAGUAACAUGGAAUGUGUGGUGGGUGUGGAUCGUCUUGAUUGUGUGCGGCGCAUUCACAAAGGCACAGCACACUUUGGAGUCUUGACUUCAGAAGAUUUGGUGGCAGCGCGAUGGGCCAGUGUAGAAAUUUUGGUGGCCAGCGAAUUGAGAACACACAAUUCACCAUUUGAAUACGAAGUGGUGGCCGUUGUGGAUAAUGAAGCAGAUAUUCAUACCAUACACGAUUUGAGGGGAUCGAAAUUUUGUCAUCCAGGCUAUGGUUUGGAGAAUCAUUGGACCGAAGUGUUGGCAAAUUAUUUUGAGUCCACUUUGGUUUCCAAAUCCUGUGACCCUGAAAUAUCCAUAACAGAAGAUCGCAUUAAGUCAUCAGCUAAUUACUUUGGUCCCAGUUGCAAGGCCGGUCCUUGGGUACCAGAUGCCAAACAAGAUCGUUUGCUUAAAAAUAAAUAUCCCUCGCUAUGUCAAAUGUGCUAUGAUUCCUAUAGAUGUGACAUUGGAGACAAACAUUGGGGCAGACGUGGGGCCUUGUACUGUCUAACCAGUGGUGGUGGUAAUGUGGGCUGGGCCCGCUUAGAUGAUGUGCGCAGUCAUUUUGGGCUCACCGGUCUUCCCAAACAAGCUGAACCUUCGGAAUACAGCUUUUUAUGUGCCGAGGGACAUUUGCAGCCCAUAAAUACUACCAAGCCUUGUGUCUGGGUGGCCAAACCUUGGCCUGUCAUUGCAGCACGUCGCACCCAUGCAGCGCAAGUUCAAAAUAUUGUAACCGGCUUGAAUCAUGACACUCCCAACAGUUGGCAAAAUGCCUUACUAAGCCUGCUGGAGACUUAUCAUGUGGAUAUAGUGCCCCUGGACAAUGUCAUAGCCAUUGAUGAUUAUUUGGAUCAAGCUACUGCCUUUCAAAGUGCUUACAGUUUUCCUGAAUGCAGUCCUCCACGUUCGAUUGUUUUCUGCACCACCUCCAUAAUACAACAUAUCAAGUGUUCCUGGCUGCAGGAAGCCUCCCAGGUCUAUGGAGUUCAGCCCAAUAUACAAUGCACAAGAUCUCAAAAUUUGGACACCUGCAUGGAUGACAUAAAGUAUAGAACAGCCGAUGUGGUCUUGGUCGACCAUGAAAAUCGUGUUAAGGCUCAAAGGGAUUUCAAUUUGAAACCCAUACUCUACGAGUUCUCACAGGAUAUGCAUCAGCGUUAUGCCACCAUAGCUGUGGUGCACAAGGAUUCGGAUUUUGAAACGUUUGCAGAUUUGAAAGGCGCCAAGGCCUGCUUGCCAUCCUUUGAGGGUCCCGCCUAUUUAUCAGUGCUGGAGACAAUGCAUAACAAAACUCAUGAUUCCAAGCCAUUGCAUAAAUAUUUCCAUCAUGAAUCGUGUCUGUGGGAACCUCAUUCCUCUCACAAAUGUCCCGAUGUUUAUCGAGGAGAUGAAGGGGCCUUGCGUUGCCUAGCCGAACGAGGAGAAGUGGCCUUCCUCAGCUCGGAUUUGUAUAAAAAAUACACCAUUGGCAAUCUGACUGCAGCCUGGAUUAAACAAACCCAUCACAAAUCAUUCAAAGUCUUGUGUCCCUAUGGUUCCAAUGAGAAAGGCUCGAAAUUUGAAUACUGCUAUCUACAUUGGACCACCAGAGGACACAUUAUGACUCAUGAUACCACACCAGCGAGGCUGCAUGAAAUCCACAAUUCCCUUAGGGAUAUUGAUGCUCUAUUUGGCAAAAACUAUAAGACCGAAACUAGACCCUUUACCAUGUAUGGCAUAUUUGAUAAGAAGAAUAAUGUCAUAUUCCGUGACAACACCGAUGGUUUGCGCGGACUACAGGAUUUAAGAAGAGAUCACAAUACCAGAAUCAUGGAAGAGGUAUUUGAAAAGUACAUAGAAAAAAAAUAUGUCAACACUUUGGAGAGUGGCUCAUCGACACAAAAACCAAUGGGCAGAGGGAAUCUGUUGGUUCUACUCGCUUUUAGUUUUUGUAGCACAUACUUUUGGAUUGUUUUGUAAGAACUGUCAUUAUUUAUUUGUUGUCAUUUAUAGUCAUUACAGUUUUAUACGUUUAAAAUUAUUGUGAUAUUAUCUUAUAAGUUUAAGAUGAGAAUAAAAAUAAAUAUAAAGAUUUUUUGAAUAAAAAAUAUGAA